GAAAAGGGUGGCGGUCUGGAGCUGGAGUCCGGUGGGUGCAGCCUGCCUCUGAGCUGAGGCGGGCCACGGGAUCGCCUGCAGACUGGAAAGAAAAGCUAAUUACAGGCAGAACGAUAAUUUGCGUCAAAAUGGAACAAACAGUUGGCAAGCCACUGAGAGACCAGGGUGCAUGGACACAUUUGACAGAGGACAUUCCCAGUGCCAAGAGGUGCACAGUGAUCGGCGGUUCCGGGUUCCUGGGGCAACACAUGGUGGAGCAGUUGCUGGCAAGAGGAUACGCCGUCAACGUCUUCGAUAUCCGGCAAGGGUUUGAUAAUCCCCGGGUGCAGUUCUUUCUGGGUGACCUCUGCAGCCAACAGGAUCUGUACCCAGCACUGAAAGGUGUAAGCACAGUUUUCCACUGUGCAUCACCCCCACCAUCCAGUAACAACAAGGAACUCUUUUAUAGAGUGAAUUACAUUGGCACCAAGAAUGUCAUUGAAACUUGCAAAGAGGCUGGGGUUCAGAAACUCAUUUUAACCAGCAGUGCCAGUGUCAUCUUUGAGGGCGUCGACAUCAAGAAUGGAACCGAAGACCUCCCCUAUGCUACAAAACCCAUCGACUACUACACAGAGACCAAGAUCCUACAGGAGAGAGCAGUCCUGGGCGCCAAUGACCCUGAGAAGAAUUUCUUAACCACAGCCAUCCGCCCUCAUGGUAUUUUUGGCCCAAGGGACCCGCAGUUAGUCCCCAUCCUCAUCGAGGCAGCCAGGAAGGGCAAGAUGAAGUUCGUGAUUGGAAAUGGGCAGAACCUUGUAGACUUCACCUUCGUAGAGAACGUGGUCCAUGGACACAUCCUGGCUGCAGAGCGGCUCUCCCAGGACACGGCCCUGGGUGGGAAGGCCUAUCAUAUCACCAAUGACGAGCCCAUCCCUUUCUGGACGUUCCUGUCUCGCAUCUUGACUGGCCUCAAUUACGAGGCCCCCAAGUACCACAUCCCCUACUGGGUGGCCUACUAUCUGGCCCUGUUGCUGGCCCUGCUGGUGACGGUGGUCAGCCCCAUCAUUCAGCUGCAGCCCACCUUUACCCCCAUGCGGGUCGCACUGGCUGGCACAUUCCACUACUACAGCUGUGAGAAAGCCAAAAAGGCCAUGGGCUACCGGCCGCUGGUGACCUUGGAUGACGCCGUGGAGAAGACCGUGCAGAGCUUUCACCACCUGCGCAAGGUCCCAUGAGGACCCUGUGAUUGGGCUCUCGACACAUUCCCCAGCUGAGCACUCACGUGUGGACCAGUGAACUGACACCUUUCAGAUGAGUUUCUUCUGAGCUUUGGAUUCCUCCUGCUAGUUAGAUGGGGGCACACCCUGCCCCUUCCAUGACUACAAGGGUAGUGAAAACAGCAGACAUUUCCUCCUCCACACAAUUGGAUUUGAAUUUCUUAAAGUAGGCAUCUUCAUAUUUACUGAUGUGUUCUUGUUCUCUUUCUCCCUCCUGUCCCCCCUUCUCCCUUUCUCCCUCUCUCUCCUGACUUCCUUAUCACAAAGACCACUUUUGAAGUGACCAUUUCAUUCCAGUGUCCUUGUGCAUAAUCGAGGAAGCUGUAGGAAGAAACAACGCGAUUGCUAGUUGAGAUGGAGAAUCAUUUCCAUGCAAACCCAUGCUAGAGUGAAGCCACUAGACUGUUCAAGGAACUACAUCUUUAAAAUAUUCAAGAAGAAAAGCAGGUUGUUAGCACAUGGUGAGACUUCAGACGUACAUUUCUUAUCAGCAGUUUAGAGCAAACAUUGUAAUCUCCCCAGUCGCUGGAAUUUUUUAAAAAAGACUGCUGGUUGUUCAACUCCUUA